GGGCUCUGUUUCACUUCUAGAGAACGUCGGACAAUAUUGUACAAAUAAUUCUCGUGAUUCAAAAUACAACUAGCUUGCUUUGCUCUCCAUCGUCCAUUUUGGUGGGCCCUGCUCCUUCAUUUCAAUGGACCCCACAUGCCAAAAAGUACAAUUUGCCUGUCAUGGUCCUCCUAGUCCUAGAUUCCUCGUUGAGGCACGCUUAAGCUUCGUGUCACUUAACCCCAUGAACAACGUUACAUAUGGUUUUCCUGUAAAAUGUAAAUGUGUCACCUUUCAAACUAUGUUAAAGUUAUUGACAUUUCUGGGGUUGUUUAUUUAAUGGAUUAAAGUUUGAUCUUUGUGGGUUUUUUUUGUGUAAUUGCAGGUAAGCUUUGUGAUAGUGAAGAUCACUGCGAUUUGUCCCAUGAGAUUGCUAGAAAGAGUAAGCGAUUUGUUAAGAUGGCAACAGAAAGAUCCAAGCUUGAAUCUUCCAUGGAAGAGAGAAACCCUACCGAUUUUCUCAGAAUCCAGUCCUUUGUACCAUACUCAAACCAGACCAGAGCCUCUGACACCAGAAGAAGAAUCUGAUCUUGAGCUCGCUCACCGGAGACUCGAAGAAUUAUCACGACGAUGUGUUCAGGCCAACAUCCCCUUGCUGGUUGACGCCGAGCACACCACCGUCCAGCCGGCGAUCGAUUACUUCACGUACUCUUCCGCCGUCGAGCAUAACAGAGGCAACAACCCCAUCAUCUUCGGGACGAUGCAGACGUACCUGAAAGAUGCCAAAGAGAGGUUGUUGAAGACGACGGAAGUUGCCGACAAAAUGGGAGUCCCAAUGGGAUUCAAACUCGUCCGAGGCGCUUACAUGUCAACAGAGGGAAGACUCGCCGAGUCACUGGGUCAACCGUCUCCGAUUCACAACACCAUUGAAGACACCCAUAAUUGCUUCAACGACUGUUCGUCUCUGAUGCUGGAGAGGAUCGCGAAUGGCUCCGGGGCUGUCUCCGGCGGAGCGGUGGUCCUGGCGACGCAUAACGUGGAGUCCGGGAAGCUCGCGGCGGCGAAAGCUUGGGAAUUGGUGGGGAAGGUGAAUCACAAGCUUGAAUUUGCUCAAUUAUAUGGAAUGUCAGAAGGGUUAUCGUACGGAUUGAGCAACGCAGGGUUUCAGGUGAGCAAAUAUAUGCCGUUCGGACCGGUGGAGAUGGUGAUGCCAUAUCUUCUGAGAAGAGCUGAAGAAAACAGAGGAAUGUUGGCUGCUUCUGGGUUUGACAGGAAGCUCAUGAGCAAGGAACUGGCAAGACGACUCCAAGCUUCUGUUUUCUGAAGAAGAAAUCAAAUUCCAGAAGAAAAGCAGCAGUGAUGAUGAUGGUUUUAAUAAAGAUAAAUAAGAGGAAUAAUGAGGUGGGAUGGAAGUGUAUGUUGUUAUGGGGGAGAGUUUUUUGCUUUUGAGAUCCAAGAAUGAGAAGGGAGUGUGAAGGAGGUGAUGACAUGUGUAUUCAUGUAAAGAUUAUUUGGACAGAUAAAAAUUGUCUCUCUUUCUCUCUCUUGCUCUUUUUGAAUUUCAGGUGAAAAUUAUUGUGGUUAUAUGUUAAUCAGCUUUGUAAAAAUUGUGUAUUAUUAUUUAUAUAAUGUCAUGUGCUUUUAAAGUUGAA